AUUUAUCAAUUUCCGGGCGUUUUAUUCAGUUUGUCGCUGAGCUUUAAACAGGCUUGUUUAACGUUGAACAAAGUGAAGAAAGGACAAUAAUCAUGGAGACAAAGAUUCUUUUUGUUGCUGUUGUUUUAGGAUUUACUGCGGAAGCUGCAAUGGCGAUCAAAUGUUAUCAGUGUGAUUACCAAGAAAGUAAGGGAAAAACAGCUGGUAUGGCGAGCUGUAAAGAUAAAUUUAAAGCAGAUGGAAUGACAACUAUUGUAAACGAUCCAGUCACCGGCGAUCCUUGCAAAUUCUGCACGAAAAUCAAGGCUUCUCAUGAUGACACUGACACUUUUGUUUACCAGAGGGCCUGUUCAUCCACACAGCAAACAGAGGAUUGUGGAAGCGGAGAGUAUAGCGGGGUUGAAGCAGACGUCUGCUACUGUAAAACAGAUCUCUGCAACAGCGGAAAUGUCGUCAUGAUGUCGUUUGGUGCAAUUGCUCUGGCAGCCUUCGCCAACCUACAUUAAUAACUGAAACUGGUUCAUUCAUUAGCAACGGCAAUGCCGUGACGUCAUGUAUUUUUCUGUAAUGACAUGGCUUUGUUUAUUGUGAAUAGAAUAACUAAUACAAGCGUUCAAUACAAAUAAAACAACGUUUUUUUAUAAA